AUUAAUGAAAUAGGAAGAUGCCACUACGAGAACAUUGGAAUGGCUUUAGGGAAAAGGUGUUGGAGUUUAAUGUGAUUUACCCAACAGCCCAUGUGAUCUGCCUUGCCUGGAUAGAUAAUGAUGUUGUUUGUGAAGGUACCAAUGAGAUGAAGAAUAUUACAUUGGAACUCAUAAAGAAAUACAAGGAUCUUCUUACAUUAUGCAUGUUAUGUAAACCACAGCCUGUUUUCCCUGAACAUGCUAAAGAUAUCAGCAGUGGAAAUGUUUCUAGAUCAAAUCAAAGUAGCCAACACGGUCAUGACGAUGCACUUCAGAACAACACAAAUCUGUCAGAUACUAUUCAAAUGGCCAUUACAGAUUAUCCUGCAAAUUUGAUCAAGCCAAAUCAGGAUAAGUCUAGAAAUGCUUUGCCUGCAUUAAAUGAAGAAGAAAUGACUAAAAUAGACAAUACCGAACCAACACCAAAGACUAAGGACUUAGAAAUUCUCAAACAUAAUGUAGACACUACAAACUGUGAAGCUGUGGUGUUAAAAAAUGAACAGAAUUUGGAAACUACACAUAGUGAAACUGUGGUAUUAGAAGGUGAACAGAUUGCUCAGACUACACACAGUAAAACUGUGGUAUUAGAAGGUGAACAGAAUGGUAAAACAACACAUGGUGAAACUGUAGUGUUAGAAAAGUGUGCAACAUCAGAAAAUAUCCAAUCUACCAACAUUAUGAAGUUUGUAUUAAUACCAGUCAUGCCAGUUGUAAAUAAUCCAACUACAAAAAUUACAGACAGUGAUACCAAGAAGACGCCGAAAAAAAGUGUCAAGUCAACUGGCACAUUUACACCUUUCAAAGGGAAUAUGUCAGACAUACAACUCAUAGGCAAUAAAGACAAAGCAAAAAAUAAUCCACCUAAAAAUGAUACGGCCGCAUCAACAACCUUGGAUGGGAAUAUGACAGACAAAAAAAUCAUUAGCAAAAAAGACAAAGCAAUAAAUAAUCAAACUAACAACAUUACUACUGCACAAAUCAUGUUAAAUAAAAAUAUUUGGACUAUUCAAACUACAGGUAGUAAUCAUAUAUAUAAAGUCAAAAGAAAAUACUGUGAUAUUCAACCAUGCAAAACUUCUGUUGCAUCUACUUCUUCAAGUUUGUUAGAUGUCAACAAUUUAGCUAUGCAAACUACAGGCUGUGAAAUGAAGAAAAUAGAUAAUCUCCCAGAAAACGAGGAAACAUCAAACUCAUUGAGAGAAAAUAUGUCUGCCAUACAGGCUGAAGACACUGACAUGACUGAUGAUGAUUACAUUUAUAACCCAAAUAUAAAUUCAACGACCAUACCUACACAGUUGAAAGCAAAUGAGUUUACCGUGGAGACUAGGAGUGGCGUCAAGGAGAAAUAUAAACAAACUGUAAAUUCAACAACCACAUCUACUCCAUUUAGUGUAAAUACUGGAAAUGAAGUGAAGGAGAAAUAUAUUCACAAAAAAGGACCAACUGGCAUGGUGACACGAUCAGGAUGCUCUGGAGUGAAAAACUCUGUCCUUCCAGUUACCAACAACAGCAUUAUGAAGGAGUAUACUCAUAAUAAAGUCCCAACUGUCAUGGCAACCAGGUCAAGACGAUCUGAAACAAAUACCUCUGUAGUCCAAGCGGACAACGGCUUUAUGGAGGGGUAUACUCAUUAUAACGCCCCAAUUGUCACAGUCACCCAGUCAAGUCAAUUAGGCUUCAAAAAUACUGUCAUUCCAGCUACAGACAGCAUUAAUAUGGAAGGGUUUACUCAGAAUAACACUUCAACUGCUAUUGCAACCAGAUCAAGUUCAUCAGGUAUGACAAACUCUAUUCCAGCUACCGACAAUAUCAUCAAGGAUGGUUAUACUCAUAAUAACGCUCCAACUAUUAAGUCAACCAGAUCAAGUUCAUCAGGUAUGACAAACUCUAUUCCAGCUACCGACAAUAUCAUCAAGGAUGGUUAUACUCAUAAAAGCGCUCCAACUAUUAAGGCAACCACAUCAAGUUCAUCAGGUAUGACAAACUCUAUUCCAGCUACCGACAAUAUCAUCAAGGAUGGUUAUACUCAUAAAAGCGUUCCAACUAUUAAGGCAACCACAUCAAGUUCAUCAGGUAUGACAAACUCUAUUCCAGCUACCAACAAUAUCAUCAAGGAUGGUUAUACUCAUAAUAACGCUCAAACCGCCAUGUCAACAAGGUCAGGUCAAUCAGGUGUAAAAAGCUCUAUUCCAGCUACAGACGGUAUUAACAAUGAUGGCUUUACUCCUAAUGAUGCCUCAACUUCAGCUUCAAAAAAAGAAAAGUCAAUUAUGCUAGUUGAAAAUAUUGCUGAAGUUGAAUUUUCAGACGAAGAUGAGGUUAUGGAGUCAAUGGAAACGCAUGAAGCAGUCGAUGCCAUUACUGAUAUUGAUCAGACUGGGGAGCCGAUGGAAACCUGUCAGGCAGGUAAGAAGAUUCUUGAUAUGGGUCAUAUGGAUAGGGAUUACCCAUCUUCGUCAGAUGAAGACAAGAACAUUGAGUUCAAGGAAACUAGUGAAGCAGUAAAGACCAUUGUUGAUAUUGAUGGUGCUGAUAGGGAGGACCAAACUUCUAGAAGUAAAGAUUCAAAGGCAUCAAGCUCUGGUGGACAAAAUGAUGGCAAUGGUGCUGCAGACAACACAAGGACGGACACGACAGAAGGGUUUAGGUGUGAUAUUGGCGACUGCAGAAAGGUGUUUUCUACCUAUAAGUACUUAGGGGUUCAUAAGAGAAAAACACAUUCAACUAAAACCUAUGCAUGUGAUGUUUGUGGUAAAGGGUUUCCCCAGAAACGAUACCUGAAAAACCACCUGAAGUUACACAGUGAUGAAAAACCAUAUAAAUGUGAGGUAUGUGGCAAAGAAUUUCGUGAACAGUCAAACCACAAAACUCAUCUAAAAACACAUAGGUCUGGCGUCCAGGUCACGCAUAAAUGUGAUAUAUGUGGGAAAGAGUUUAGAGAAUCGGCAAACCUACAAGCUCAUAUAAAAACACACACGAAUGAAAACAACUUUGUGUGCGACCUGUGUGGUAUGGCGUUUAAACUGAAAAGGUACAUGGUUAGGCACACUAACGUAAAACAUUCAACCCAGAAACAGUUUACUUGUGAAGUGUGUAAUAAAGUGUUCCAUCAAAAGGUGAAUCUAAAAAAUCACAUGACAACACAUGUUGUUGGUAAAAUGUUUGUGUGUGAAGUGUGUGGUCAAGAAUUCAAACAGAAACGCUCGAUUAAAAGACAUGUUGAUAGCAUACACACUGGUAAUAUAACAUGUGAAGUAUGUGGUAUAAUAGUCAGGCCGGAACAUCUACAGAAACACCUGAGAGGACAUACCGGGGAAAAAACUCACAAAUGUGAGGUGUGUAAUAGAGAGUUUGAUAAGAAAAGUGCUUGGCUGAUACACACGAAAACACACACGGGAGAGAAACCACACUUAUGUGAACUGUGUGGCAAAGGUUUUAUCACUGCCUCGUUAUUAAAUGUUCACAUGCGAUCGCAUACCGGUGAAAAGCCUUAUAAAUGUGACAUAUGUGGUAAAGGGUUUAGCCAGAGUGGGCCUCUGAAGAACCACAAGCUCAUACACACGGGGCUUAAGCCAUAUCUAUGUGCUCUAUGUGGUAAAGGAUUUACUCAGCCUGCAAGUCUACAACAACACAAGACAACACAUUUAGAAUAUAACGCUUAUCACUGUGACAUAUGUUCGAACACUUUUAAACACAGACAUAGUUUACUUAGACAUAUGUUAAAAAGUCACAAUAUAGGCAAGCAUGCGGCCAGUAAGUUUGGAAAUAAUGGUGGCAGACAGACAGUCGGAAUGACUGGUCACAAUGUUGGCAGACAGGAAUCAAAUUUGACUGAUCGCAAUGAGUGCCGACAGGCAGCAAGUAUGAUUGACCACAAUCUUGGCAGACAGGUAGACACUUUUGGUGACGAUGGUCAGUCUACUGUCGAUAUAUCUCGUCUGUAUUUUGUGCACGAAGAGACUAUACAGAAUACCUACUACUAGUUUAAUCUGAUCUUAAGGCUUUUUUUGUUACAAUUUAAGAUUUUAAUGUAUUACUAGUGUUAAGAUGUACAGUCCAAUAGUUCGUUAUUUUUUUGUGUUUCAACUCCUCUAGGAAAUAGCAAAUCACCUGCAAAUCCAGAAGCAGUUAUUUCUCAAUAUGCAAUUAUUUCAGUCUUUGAGGAGUACUAACUCGAAUUAACAGCAAUACACAUGCUUUUAUAACAAGCUCUUAAGAUCAUUAAGUAGAAAUACAGAUCGUGGGAAUCUUAGAUAAAGUCAUAACUCAUGUCACUGCAUC